UUUUUCCAUCAUUGCGUGCAUAAUCCAUUUCAUAAAAUAAGCCUAACAAACAAACAAAAUCAUUGAAGUAUUUUAGUUUCCUGUUUCAAGGGAGCAGAAAAGUCUAAAGAAGCUGUCUGCAGUACAACGACAGCCGCACUAAAGGGCUAACUCAAAAAUGGAGGCGAGUUCCUGGAUAUGGGAUUUGGCAUGUUUUGCAGGAAUGGUCUCAGUGGAGUGCACAGAUGUAGGUAUAGCAACCAUAAGCAAAGCAGCUUUAUCACAAGGAAUGAGCAAAUAUGUUUCUGUUGUUUACUCCAAUGCUCUUGGCACUCUCAUUCUUCUCCCUUAUUGGCACUCUCAUUCUUCUCCCUUACUUCAUCUUCUACAGUUCUCCAACUCUUUCUUCCUUUCUUCUGCUAUGGCCAAUCUUAUACCCAUUUUCACUUUCUUGCUUGCAGUAAUCACAAGGAUGGAAACUCUAGAUUUGAGAAGAUCAAGUAGCCAAGCUAAACUUUCGGGAGCUAUUGUAUCAGUAACAGGAGCAUCUAUAGUGACCCUAUAUAAAGGCCCUGCAAUUUUUAUGAUCCAGUCACUAACUUCUCACUCUCACCAUCUUCAACUUCAACCUCUUCACUCACAGAAACCAGAGUGGAUCUUUGGAGGUUUUCUCCUUGUAAUUGUUGUGCCUUCUGUCUGCAACCUGGACCAUUUGCCCAGAAGAACAGUGAAGCAGUACCCAGAAGAAAUGACCAUACUGUUCUUUUUCACCUUGUUUAUCACAAUCCAAAGUGCAUUUUUCUCACUUAUUUUGGAAAGGAAUCCAAAUGCAUGGAGAUUGAAAUCUGCCAUUGAAAUUAUUGCCAUCGUUUUCACAGUAAGAAAAUCUAUCCAGAUUUUAUUUAUUUAUUUAUUAUUCUAUAAUGGUCUGUUUCGAAUUGGGUUCACACGUGGUGCUUUGGGCAAGAAAGGACCUUUAUAUGUAGCCAUGUUCAAACCUUUGGGUAUUGCUAUUGCUGUGUUCAUGACAGUCACUUUUCUUGGUGAAACCCUUUGUCUUGGCAGUGUGAUUGGUUCUAUUAUAAUCGCACUUGGAUUUUACAGUGUGACAAAUGAAGGAGAAGAACAAUGA